UCGUUCACCGCUAUCACAUUAGUAUAAGAGAACAAAUUUUAUAUUCCUCCAAAGGUUCUAAACUUAGGCAAUCACAUUUCGCCAAAAUGGGGCGUAGUAAGUUUGCUUCGCCUAAAAAGGUAAUGCAACACGGAGACUUUAUCAAUCGGAUUCGGAAAACUCUGUACUAUGGCGUGGAAACAGCGGACACUGACUUGAAAGUUGUUCCAUCCCCCCUCGCAGAGUACGCAUCUGAGAUAUUUUCCGAGCCCCAUCGAGGACACUCUUUGCAUCGCCUAAGUUGUGUGGCCGCUGGUAAAAUUCAGGCAACACCAUGUUCCCUAAUUAUGGCUCUCAUUUACCUGGACCGCUUGAACACGAUAGAUCCGGGCUACAGCUGUCGCAUUACUCACGAGCUGUUCGUUGUAUCGCUGAUGAUUUCAACGAAGUUUUAUGCCGGCCACGAUGAACGGUUCUUUAUUGAGGAUUGGGCUAAGGAGGGAAACAUGACAGAAGACAGACUGAAGGAAAUGGAACUAGAGUUUCUCUCUGCUGUAGACUGGAAUAUAUACAUUUCUAACGAGGACUUCUUUGCCAAAUUGAACAGUGUGGAAAAAACGCUGGCGGAGAGGGAAGGAUUACGGCGAGGCUGGCUAACGUACAGUGAGCUAAUCCAACUGCUUCCCAGCUUUGAGUGGACGAAAUUCCUGGCAAACAGCUUUUCCGUUCUGGCGCUGAGCUAUGCAGCAAGUGUGAUAACAUUAGCGAGUGCUUUUUUAUAGCCAGCCAGGUUCCAGGCACAAUGUGGCACCGCCGACCAUCUACAGCUUCACCUUCGGUAACCACUCUG